CCCUUAUAUAAAAUGUGAUAUACAAAUAGAUUUCCUUAAACUAGGAGUGAUAUCAGGAAAAGUUGCCGCAAUAUUGUUGAAAGAACCAUAUCUGGCACAGCAACUAUUCAAUAAAGUUGUAAAUUUAGCAGUCAAAUCAAUGAAAAUUCAAGAUAACGUGAAUGUUGGCCUAGCUCAGAUAAAUAUAGAAGUCACAGUUCCCCUGAUAAAAGAUAUCAUGCUGUUUUCAAAAAGAUGCUCUCCUACAUCAUCUGGGUUAUUUGUUUUCCGAGGAGUCCUAGUGUCCUGCACAAAACCAACAAAGUACUGUCGAAGUGCAGUGUACCAAUGUCCACUAAAGAGCUGUUCAGGUCAUACUGGAGAAAGAGUAUUCGGAGAAAAGUCUGCCGGCAGCAUCUGCUGCUAUUGCGGCUGUAGCAAAGAGGAAUACUUACGAGCCAGAGAGAACGGAGAUCAAGUCUUAGCUGUAUUUGUAAAUUUAGAUGCCUUCCAGGUGAACUUUCACCGAAAUGAAGGAAUCACAGUUUCACUAAAAGAUAAUCUGAUUAAGGACUUAACCCUUGGAGUAUGCUAUAAUGUGACCGUAAGUCACAAAUGUUCCCGGUUCAUUGCCUGGGGAAUAGAAAGAACAAUUUCAGAAGCUCAGUGGCGAUUUGAUCAUAAUCUACCUUCUGUGGGAAUUCCACAGACUAUUAGAGCUCUUGAGAAAUAUUUGAUGGAAGUUUGUCCUAACUCCCCCUGGGCCCUCACAGCAACCCUUUCCUCUCAAAUUGCCUCACAUCGCUAUCCAGACAAAUCCUUCCUACAACUGAAAACUGGACUACUUCUGAGUUUAGCAUCCCAGAGUGAGGACCACAAGCCAGUGCCACUGUUGGCAGUAGGACCGGACUGCAGUGUUCUGUUGUACUGUGCCAGUCAGCUGUCCCGACGCUGUGUCUCUGUCACUAGUGCUGCACUCUGUGGUACUCUCGGCGCAACUGCAGGAGAGACGUGGCUUGAGGCUGGUCCUCUACUGCUGGCUUCCGGUGGUGUCUGCUACCUUGGUGACUGGGCCAAGUUUGGCAGCGGAAAAUCCAGUGUGGCCUCACAAAUUACAGCAGUGCUAGAGAGUGGUCGAGUGGACCUGGUGCCACCAUCAGAACCUCUGGUCAGUUCUCCCCCCUCCCUCCCCUUCCAGGCGGCUGUCUGGACAUUCUGGUCUGGAGACAAAGCGACCUCCUGCGCCCAAGCUCAGCUGCGUACACUUAUUGAAGUUUUUGGAAUGCCAUUUAUUGGUGAUGGAGGGGCGGAUAUUGAAGUGGUCGCUGACCAUCUUCUCUAUGAAAGCAUGCAGACCAGAACAAGUAAGGUGGAAGGUGCGAUACCAGAACAGGACCUUAAGGAGUAUCUCAACAUUGUAUGUUCGUACAAAGUUCAACUAACACCACAAGCAAAGAAGCUGUUAAGAAACUACUUUGUAGCCAGCCGAAGAGAGCGCCCUGAUUGUUUACCUUUAAAUGCUCUAAAAACACUGACCGCUCUAGCAGAAGCUCACGCUCGCCUGUGUUUGCGUACCAUUGUGACUUACGAUGAUGUUGUGUUGGUAGUGUUCCUGUAUGAAGAGUCUAUUGCAGCACUCUAUGGUACUUCACUAAUGUCCCCACCUCCAUCAAUGCUUGGGGCUGAUAGUUCUAAUUUGACAAUUGCUGAACAAAUUACACUGACAUUAAAAAACUUCUCAAUGUGGCUGGAUCAGUAUGUCAAAUCGCUCCUGAGCGAGGGUUCAGUCAAUUGCUCCUUGCCAGAAGAAUAACAAUGCUGCUGUUUUGGUGGUUGAGAAUGUUUUCUUGAGAAAACAUUAACAGAAGUUUGAGAGGAAAUAUGCUGAAAUAUAUCUUUAAGUUGUUAAUAGGAGCUUGAUUA